AUGUUCCAUGGAUUGCCAAGUGAAGACCCCAUUGACCACCUUGAUGAGUUUGAUAGGCUUUGUGAUUUGACAAAGAUCAAUGGUGUCUCUGAAGAUGCCAUCAAGCUGAGACUCUUUCCUAUGUCUCUAGCUGACAAAGCUCACCAAUGGGAGAAGAGCUUGCCCCAUGGCACAAUCACCACUUGGGAUGAAUGCAAGAAGGCCUUUCUUGCUAAGUUUUUCUCCACCGGUCGCACAGCCAAGCUUAGAGGAGAGAUAUCCAGCUUCAUCCAGCGAAACAAUGAGACAUUCGCAGAGGCUUGGGAGAGGUAUAGGGAGAUGCUAGACACAGCUAGCAAUGGGAACUUCCUCAACCAGGAUGUAGAUGAUGGCUGGCAACUUGUGGAGAACAUAGCUAACUCAAAUGGAAGCUAUGGAGAAGAGUAUGAUCGCACCAACCGGAGCUCGACCCACCACUCGAUCGAGUCAGACGAAAAGUUGAGAAAAGAUGUUAAGGCAUUGAAUGAGAAGUUGGAUAAGCUGAUCCUAGCUCAGUCCACAAUGAAGAAAGUCAACUUUGUGUCUGCUGAGGAGAUGGAACCAGUCCAAGAAGGGGAGGAUACACAAUUUGCUGAGGUGUGCUACAUGAGCAAUGGGCAAGGAGGUUACAACAAAGGAUACUAUAAUUACAAGUCCAACCCUGCCAUGUCAUACCGCAACACUGAUGUUGCUAACCCUCAGGACCAAGUAUAUCCUCAACAACAAGCAGCUCGAUCGAGUCAGGUGCCACAACAUGGCAACUUACUUCAAGGGCAAGCUGAUGGGGUAGUGGACACAAGCAAGAAGCUAGCUGAAAUAAACUCUAAGAUCGAGAACCUCAACACAAGGGUUUACUCUCUGGAGAAUCAUGCUUCUUCUGUUGCUGCUGCUACAAAGCAAGGACAACUACCUGGUAAAGCUAUUCAGAACCCCAAGGAACAGUGCAAGGUCAUCUUCACUCAAGAAGGACUUGUUGAAGAAGAGGAUCAAGAAAGGGUCAUUGAAGAUUUUUGUUUACUGCUGAAUGAUGAAGAGAUUGUUGCUGCUGAGGCUCCUGGAGUCCAGAUUGAUCAACCAGAAGUGCAUGCACCUACUGUGGCCAUUCACACUUCACCAGUUGAGCUCGCACGACAAGCUCGAUCGGCAGCUCGAUCGAGUCCAACUCUAGCUCGAUCGAGUCCGACCUCUUCUGUCCCAACCUGUUUUGCUUGA